UAAAUUGAAACUCUAGAAAUGCAAAUUCAUAUUUUGAGAGAGAGAGAGAGGGAAGAAGAUGGGCGAUUUUAAGAGGGGAAGUGGGCCAAGUUCAUUCACAGCAGAGCCCAUUAAUACAGAAUGGAAGGGUUCGAAUUCCAACCCAAAAGAAGAUCUGAACACACAGCUUCUGAUGAAUGUAACAAGCCAGUUUGAUCUCCUUCUGCCUGCUCCAUACUUCAGCAAUGGCAAGCAACAAUUCAGGUGAUGGUGAAGUAUCUUCAGCCCAAGCAGUUCUUCUCGGAGCUUUAGCCCCUGGGGUCAACGGUCCUACAUGGACUACACUCAAAUCGACGUUUCUGAUGCUGGGUCUGUGUCUUAUCCUGAUGCUUGGCCUUGCAUUCUCUUCCAGUGAUUCUUGGUUGAUUCUUCAUGUUACCUUCCUCGUGGCUAUUACUGUCACCCUUUUCUUGCUACUUAACUGGUUUCUUUCUCAGACUGGCCUGGUUUCAGUGAAGAAUCAAAUGGAAGAACUGCAUUUGGCACCAAAGAGUCAAGAUAAAAGCGAAAAGAACGAAUGAUAAUUACUACUUUUAUAGCAUUAUAAACCAAAACAUCAAAUUGGAUGAUAGAAACAGAUACUAUGUAACAUCCUCAGAACACGAGGUGGUAAGAUUUAUAAAUCAAUCAGGUACAACAGCAUCUUCCAUUAUUCAAAGGAGAAAAAAAAAGAAACUUAUUUUCAGAAGAAACACUUGGAAUGGUAACUUCAUUCAUUCUUUGGUUGCUCCUCCUUGUGCUUUCCCUUUUUCUGCUUGAUGUAACAGAAGCAAGAACAGCAUGGUAACUGUAAAAAGAACUUCAUUCCUUCUUGUGUUUGAUGUGAGAGUUAGAAGAGGAAGAGUUAUA